GUAUUGUUUCUAUUAAUAUCAUUAUGAAAUUUUGUUUAUUUUCACAUUGCACUCUUCAGAAAAUACAAAAUAUAUGUCUAUACAGAGGAAAUUAGCUAGAAUUAGAAAGUAUAGAAAAUAUGUCCCCAAAGGAAUAUGUGCAAUGUAUUUUAUUAAAAUAUCUGAACUCUUCUAUGAUUCAGAUCAUUUUUACAAUAAUAUACAAUAAAACGAUUGUGUAAACUGAAGCCAAAUAUUUUCCCACAUAUGUAACUUUGACCUUUAUACAGUCAAUGUUGCAUAAUCAGCCAACGUUGACAAUGUUUAAGAGUAUAUAUAUAGAGAGAGAGAUUAAAGGUGACAGAAAAGCUUCUUGAACAACAUUGGGGCUGGGAACAACUCAAGAGGAACAAUGGGGUUAUUCAGAAGUUUUGUCUUCUUCUUGGCCCUAUACCUGCUGCAGGGGUCCAAUACUUCCCUUGUUCGGCUGGAUAACAAUGGCUACGAGGGCAUUAUCAUUGCUAUAGACCCUGCUGUGCCAGAAGAUGAAACACUAAUUCAACAGAUAAAGGACAUGGUGACUGCAGCAUCUACUUAUCUGUUUGAAGCCACAGAAAAAAGAUUUUUUUUCAAAAAUGUAUCAAUAUUAAUUCCAGAGAAUUGGAAGAAAAUCAUUCAGUACAAGAGGCCAAAGCAUGAAAGUUACAAACAUGUUGAUGUUUUAGUCUCACCACCUACCCUCCCCGGUAGAGAUGAACCAUAUACCAAGCAGUUCACAGGCUGUGAAGAAAAAGGAGAAUACAUUCACUUCACCCCUGACUUUGUACUUGGAAAAAAACAAAAUGAAUUUGGACCAUCAGGUAGACUGUUUGUUCAUGAGUGGGCCCAUCUCCGCUGGGGAGUGUUUGAUGAGUACAAUGAUGAUGAGCCUUUCUACAGCGCUAACACAAAGAAAAUUGAAGCAACAAGGUGUUCCACAGGCAUUACUGGUAUAAACAGAGUGUAUAAGUGUCAAGGAAACAGCUGUGUAGCUAAGGGAUGCAAAAUUGAUUCCAAGACAAAACUGUAUGAAAAAGAUUGUCAGUUCUUCCCUGAUAAAUAUCAAACUGAAAAGACAUCCAUAAUGUUUAUGCAAGGUAUUGAUUCUGUCGCUGAAUUCUGUAACAACAAAACCCAUAACCGUGAAGCUCCAAGCCUACAAAACAAAAUGUGCGAUUUCAGAAGCACAUGGGAGGUGAUCAGCAGUUCUGAGGAUUUUAGAAACACAGUGGCUAUGGUGGCACCACCCCCUCCGCCUGUCUUCUCAUUGCUAAAGAUCAGUGAAAGAAUUGUGUGCUUAGUCCUUGAUAAGUCUGGAAGCAUGGCUGGUUCUAAUCGCCUAAAUCGAAUGAAUCAAGCAGCAAAACAUUUCCUGCUUCAGACCGUUGAAAAUGGAUCCUGGGUGGGGAUGGUGCACUUUGACAAUACUGCCUACAUCAAAAGUAAUCUAAUCCAAAUAAUAAGCAGCAAUGAAAGAAGACAGCUCUUGGCGAGUUUACCUACAGCUGCUGGUGGAGGAACUUCCAUCUGCAGCGGAAUUAAAUCAGGAUUUCAGGUAAUUGGAAAUAAUUACUCCCAAAUAGAUGGAUCUGAAAUAGUGCUGCUGACUGAUGGGGAGGAUAGCUCUGCAAACACCUGUAUUGAUGAAGUGAAACAAAGUGGGGCCAUAAUUCACUUUAUUGCUCUGGGACCAAAUGCCGAUCAAGCAGUCAUAGAGAUGAGCAAUGUAACAGGAGGAAAACAUUUUUAUGCUUCAGAUGAAGCCCAGAACAAUGGCCUCAUUGAUGCUUUCGCGGCCCUUGCAUCAGGAAACACCGAUGCCUCCCAGCAAUCUCUUCAGCUUGAAAGUAAGGGAUUAAAACUCGACAGUACUGACUGGAUGAACGGCACUGUAAUAAUUGAUAGCACUGUGGGAAAGGACACAUUCUUUCUCAUCACAUGGAACCAACAGCUUCCCGUUAUUUCUCUCUUGGAUCCCACUGGAAACUCAGUGGGAAAUUUCAUAGUGGAUUCACCUUCCAAAAUGGCCUAUCUCAGUAUUCCAGGAACUACAAAGGUGGGUGUUUGGACUUACAGUCUUCAAGCAAAUGCAAAAGGGGAGACAUUAACUAUAACAGUAAAUUCUCGAGCGGCAAAUUCUUCUGUGCCUCCAAUCACAGUGAGUGCUAAAAUGAAUAAAGAUACAAACAGCUUCCCCAGCCCAAUGAUUGUUUAUGCAGAAAUUCUACAAGGGUAUAUACCCAUUCUUGGAGCCAAUGUGACUGCUUUCAUUGAAUCGAAUACUGGGAAAACAGAAGUUUUGGAACUUUUGGAUAAUGGUGCAGGUGCUGAUUCUUUUAAGAAUGAUGGAGUCUACUCCAGAUAUUUUACAACUUAUAAAGAAAAUGGCAGAUAUAGCUUGAAAGUACGGGCUCAUGGAGGAGAAAAUGCUGUCAUGCGAAACUUAUGGCAUCCACUGAAUAGAGCUGCAUAUAUACCAGGCUGGGUAGUAGAUGGGAACAUUAAAGGGAAUCCACCAAGACCUGAAAUUGAUGAGAACACUCAGACAAACUUGGAGAGUUUCACCAGAACAGCAUCUGGAGGUGCAUUUGUGGUUUCAAACGUUCCAAGUGAUCCCUCCUUGACUGACGUCUUCCCACCAAGUCAAAUCACAGACCUUAAGGCCACAUCAGAUGAGGAUGAGAUCAGUCUAACAUGGACAGCACCAGGAGAUGAUUUUGAUGUUGGAAGAGUUCAAAACUAUAUCAUAAGAAUAAGCGGAAGUAUCCUGGAUCUAAGGGAUAAUUUUGAUGAUGCGCUGCAAGUAAACACUACUGAUCUGUUACCAAAUGAGGUCAACUCCAAGGAAAACUUUACAUUCAAACCAGGAAAUAUCUCAGAAGAAAAUGCAACCCACAUAUUCAUUGCCAUUAAAAGUGUGGAUAAAAGCAAUUUGACAUCAAGGGCAUCUAACAUUGCACAAGUAGCUUUGUUUGUUCCUCAACCAGAUUACAUACCUGAUGGAAUUCAUCCAGAUCCUACUCCUGAUAAAAAUCCCCCUAAGUCCGGACUCAGCAUUUCUACUUUGGUGGUGUUAGUGGUUGGCACUGUGAUAAUUGUCAGUCUGAUUUUGAGUAUCACCAUUUGUGUCUUAAGCAGGAAAAGAAAUUCUAGCAGACCUAGAACAGGGUUUUAAAAAACAUCAAUGACAAAAGUAAAGGAUGUUUCUCAAUUUUUAAAUUUAUCAUGUGUGAUCAUGAACUCAUACAAAUAAUUUUAAGAGUUUUAGAAGGGAUAGUUUGACUACAUAUAAACAUGAAGAGGUAUCUGAAAAAUUGUGAAUCAGUAUUAAAUUAAAUAAUUUUAUUCAUUGUUUUAUCACAAAAGGUGAUAAAGAUCCUUUUUCAUAUUCAUACCUGGCUGUAUAUUAUCUGACACAAAAGUUCUCUAUAAAAAUUCAGAUUUCAUCAAGAAGUUAAAACUGUCUAUUGGAGUGGUCAAAAUGCAAGUGUAAGAAGGCAAAUAAACAAUAUUUGAGAAAAAUGAAUUUGGUCUCAGUAUUUUUCGGUAUAAAUUGAUUUUAUUGUAUUCACUGAAGGUCUUCAAUUAUAUACUACUAUAUACAAUAUAAAUAAGGACAUGUUUACUGCACUUCAUUGAUAUGGAAGAUAAUAUUAAAGAAGGUAGGGAAGAGGAAAUAAGUGGGAAACACCUGAUAAAUGGGAAUGCUGGUUUUACUCUCAUAGCAUUCAUUGGAAAAUGAGCUGUGUAGUAGGGCAUUUGGGGACUGUGCUAUUGAGGCAGAAGGUCUAUUAGCACAAUUAGUUCCUCUAGUGCGCUGGCACCUACUCAGGCAUUGCUAAAAGCUAUGCACGUACAGGUGAACAUGGAGAAAAUGUAGGAAAGGGUAAGUGUAGGACAAUAGGCCUUUUACUGGGAGGGGAAUAAAAGCCUGAAAUUCUAUGAUAGUGACAGAAAUAAUACACAACAGCCAGACUUUCCCUGUGUCCUUCCCACCCACCAACCCCAUAACUCUGGAGGUAAAGCCUGCUAGUCUGGUUAGUACUGUCCCUGAUGCUCUGGUGCAAUAGAUUUGCUCAGAUGGGUCUCAGUUGAAGGCUUUCCCCUUCCAGGUUGGGCCUUGGUUUAGACUUAUUUCCAGGACUGCAUCAAACAGAUAAUUGUGAAUUAGUAAGAAUCAGAAAAAUAACUGAAUGAUUACCAUUGUUGU